CCUGUCAGCUGCAGUUCCUUUCUCUCUGUCACUCCACUCCACUCCACACACACAAACACACGCAUGCACACAGAGUGACCACUGAUGUUUGAGAGAGUGACCUAUGCUGAUCUGCAGUUUGUAGGAAGCCCCCUGGAGAAAAGCCAUGGGGAAGAGCUGGACGAAGGGGAGCUCACCUAUGAGAACCUCCAGGGAUCCAGGGCACAGGAGGAGCCCCCCAGAACUGGCCAGGGGGCCAAAGGCCAGAGUCUUCUUCAGGAGACCCCCGUGAGGGCAGAGGGGCCUGCAGUGGCCCAGGGGAUCAAACCCCGAAAACAGCAGCCUGCUGCAAGGACACGAAGCGCCCUGGUCUCGGGGCAUCAGGACAGCGGAGGGUGGAGACCCCAGACCAGCUGGGGGGCCUUGGGAGUGCUGGGCAUCAGCCUCUUUCUUCUCUCCGUCAUCGUCAGCCUUGGGGUACAAUACGCGCAGGCCACCCGGCAGCUCCAGCAGGCAUCCCAAGACCAUGCGGCCGAGCUCAACUCCACUGUGGUGGCUCUUUGGCACAGCUGGGCAGCUGAGAACUGGACCCAGCAGCAACUGCAGCAACAGGAGCUCCUGCUGGACCAAGCCAACCGCAACCUGGAUUUCCUGUGGAGGGAGAGGAUGAGCCUGAUGGCCAACCUCAGCCAGGCCUCCUCCUGCCAGCAGAUCGGCUGCUGUUCCCCAGGAUGGAAGCUCUUUAGAUGGAAGUGUUUGCGGAUUUCUGAUAGACCGAAGACUUGGGAGGGCAGCCAACAGGACUGCAAAGGCACUUCCUCUCACCUGCUUAUUCUGAAAACGUCCUGGGAUGCUCAUGAUGUCUGGCCCCCUGCGAGCCCCGAACGAUCAAAUCGUUACUGGAUUGGCCUAAAAAAAUCAAGGAGCAACUUUUUCUGGGUUGAUCAAACCCCUGACAUCGGGAUUUCCAUGGGGGGAUCAAGUUAUAAACAAGGCUGUGUGGAACUGCAUGAGGGAGCUUUGAACGUUUGUCCCUGUUCUGAAGGGAAGAAAUUUAUCUGCGAGAAGCCUGCCAGGCCUUGGCCAUGAAAGGCACAGGGCGAAAUCGGCUUUUUCCUUUCUGCAGCUGCCUCGCUCUUGGCUUACUGCCAGCUUGCCGUCCCCCAAGUCUCCCUAUUCUCCCUCCGCCUCCUGCCCACACAAUCCUCCCCCCAUCUGGGGCUCCGGCACCAGGACUUCAACAGGAAGCUACACCCUGUCCAAAUGAGACCCCUCCCCAAACUCCCAGGAAGGAAUGGCGCAGGGGAGCUGCCCAGAGUGGAGGCAUUUGCACUCUUGGCCCCUCAGGAGAUCCCCUUGUGACCCCCCCCCUCGGCCUUGACAUCCCCUCCUGGCAGGAUCCAGAGUGGUGGGCCUGGCCCUUGCUUGAAAGGAAAGCAGGUGCUCCCCAUCCCUUUCCAGGGUGCAGCUGUCGGCAGGCAGCAAAGGCCUGGCUACCCAGGUGGGGUCUCCCCAGACCGUCUUGCAACCUGUCUCUGGUCAGAGGUGCAGGGAGGGGGCACCUUCCCCCACUAGGACCCACAGCUUUACUGCAGCUUCUCCCAGCCAGCCCUCCCCCACCCAAUCCAGCUACCCCCGAAAAGUGUCCAGAAGCUUCAGCCGGUGCAAAAGGAGGCUGUGGGGGCAAUCCUGUCUGCCCAAAGAACGGCCAACACAAGCUGUGCUGGGUCCAAUUCAAGGUGUUGGUUGGGACCUAUAAAGCCCCACAUGAGCUGGGGUCAGGUUACCUAGGAAACGGUCUGUUAUACCAGCCUGACCCACCUAGUCAGGCAGGGAAGAUGCAUUGUGGACCCCACCAAUCAAGACAUUCCAACUGGGGGGUUCAGGAAGGGAGCCUUCUCUGCCAGUCCCCUCCCCCCCAUGGAAGAUUCGCUCACUGGGAGAUGAGACAGCCCCCCACCCCCACCUCACCUGGCACAAAACAUGGCUCUGCAGCCUUGUGUGGGGUUCAGAUAGGAGGCCUCGGCUAUGGGGCUGUCUAGUCCCCGGCAAGUCCUCCCCCAGCUUUUAAUUAAUUUUCACACUGCUUUGUAAUUCAUCCUUGUCUUUUUAAAUUUUAUCUACUGUUUUUAUGUUGUGGUGUUUUCUCUGUACAAAGCCCAGAGUUCUUCUGUGAGGGAAGUGGGCGGUUUUAAAAUUCAAUAAACACAUAAAUUAAA